AUGCAGAUGUGCUUCAUGCGGAGCCUUCCUCUCCCGACCUUGAACCCAUGCAGCAAGCAGCCGAUCGGGCCAACCUUGCUGGUAGCUCCUCCUCUCUACGAGCCCCUCCUGGUGCACCCCGUCGAGUUCCUGGGCCCUGUCGUAGGGCGUGACAGAUCGAGGCCAUGGCGGUUGAGCGGGGAGGGGAGUCUCGAGGAGAAGAGGGAGAUCGCCAAGCAUGAGGAAAACGACAUGGAUGGGGAGCAGGAGGACACCGUCGGGAUGCAAGUUCUCCUGCUGUCGCUCACCAGCCAAGUGCUCGAUCUGAAAGAGCGCCUCGUUGCUCGGAUGAAGGAGGCAGGAGACUUCGAGGCGUGCGCCAGGAGUUUCGAGCAAGAUCCUCUACCUGCACAGUAUGUCACCACAUGUAAGAGGCAGGCUCUCCUUCAGAUGGAGAUGUAUGCCCUCCUCCUAGCCCUCAAGGGUAUCGAUGGACGAGCCUCGAUCUCUACAGGAUGCGCCGCCAACAGUGGACGUCAAGAGCUGACGCAAGACCUGGCUGACUGCUUCCUGUUCAAUCUCUACCUUCCCUUGAUCAAGGAUCUUACGGAGCGAGGUGGAGUGUCUCGUGUGGAUGCUGAGGCUGCUAGUGCCGGCAAGCAGCUUGCGAUCCUGUAA